GAGAAUCUACAGUCUUAAAACUUUCUACAGUAACCCCAAAACAAAAGGCCGCCGACAAUUCCAAGGGUUUGAGAUUUCUGAGAUGAACUCGAUUCAACGUUUCUCGUUAACGCGGCGGUUGAGCAGCGUCGAGUCCUAUCUACGGCAUCUCUGCGGAGGAGCGUUCCGUGUAGGCGUGAAGGACGAAGGAGACUGGUUCUACUCGCAGGAAUGGUGGGACCCUCACGAACGCGGUCACACCGUUUCACAAUCUUCUUCGAGCAGAGGAAACGGUCUUGUUUCUGUCGUCGCCCACCCUUCUUCUCUUCCCAGUAGAGAAUCAUGGGCAGAAACUGAAGGAUGGCUAGAUAAUAGGUAUAUGGAGAUAAUGGGAAGAGACGGUGAGAAGUUUAAGAUACUUGGAUAUCAAUGGAGAUCACUUCGCUUCAACGAUGAUACUCGACAAAGCACUGUGAAAGUCAUGGCUGCUUGUAGAGCAUUGCAACCGAGUUCCAUUUUCUACAUGCAACACCCUCAUUGCCUUGCUGUUCCAUAUUUGAAGAGCAUGGUUUCAGUGGGAUUGACGUCUCUAGCAGCUUCGAAAUAUGAUAUGACGAAUGCAGCUAUUGGGAAGAAACAAAUGCGCAUAUUAUGCGUUGGUCACGGUGGAGGAAGCUUACCGUUGUUUUUAGCUAAUCACAUUCUUGGUGCUCUUGUUGACAUAGUUGAGAUCGACCCAGUAGUUAUUUCAGAGUCAGUUCGAGCAAUGGGCUUCCCUGCAUUCUCUGUCAUGACAGCAACAGGGAAACGUGCGUUACCAACUCCUGACAUUAUUGACCAAGUGAUGUGGCGAGGCAUCCACGAGAGACUCUUCCUCUACGAGUCAGAGGCUAAGGAAUUCAUUCUCAAUAACCAAAAUAAUUCUUAUGACAUUAUCUUCAUGGAUGCUUACGAUGGAGCAGACAUUUUUCCACAUAGUCUGUGGGAUUCCAAUUCUCUGUUCAUGAAAGCUCUGAGCGAAAGACUUCACCAUGAGCAUGGGACUCUGGUGGUGAACCUUCACUCUGAUGCGGACAUCUCAGAUUUAGACAGAUCAAAUGAAGGUGUAACAACGGGAAAGUAUGUUAGGAAAGUCGGUAAAGCCUAUAAAAAGGGUUUAAUGGAGAAUCAGAGGAAUGGAUUGGUUUUUGCUUGUGAAGUUCCAUGGCUAUGUAAUGUAUCUCUGGUGGUGAGCAGAGGCAUGAGUUCAGAUGGAAGACGUAGAGACCAAAUCAAGACCAGUCUUAUGAAGACUUCCUUACAAGUGGACAAAAUCCUUCGUCUUCCUUUCUCUUGCUUGGAUUACCUGAAAACUGGUCUUGCUAUCAUAUAAAUUGAUCUCCAAAUAUGAGAGCUGCCAGAUGGUCUGUCUGCCCCCAAUUGCGUUUGUCCAUGCACACCAUUUGUUUACGGAGACUGUAAUUGGUCAGUACGAAACGGAACACUUACCACAGCCGAUGAAGACCAUGUACAGAUAGAAUUGUCACUGACGGCCCAAUUUUGUGGACUGUUUUUUACUAUUUCAUUAACCUGUGUAUUACAAAUUGGUGUUUUCUCUUUAAAGAGAAAUAUAAGCAAAAUUAAAAAUAAGUUUGGUAUACAUGUUAUAAUAUGAGUGUGUAUUUAUUAGACUUUGUAUAGAAAAAUUAAAACUCUUAUGAUUUCUUCAAUGAGUAAUUCAAAGUAAUUUGUUGGAUAGUUA